UCAGGUUCCGUUCCUAUUCCUUAUACCAGGGCUGAGAUGGCUUUGUGGUUUUUCCUUGUGACCUUCCUGUUUCAUUUAAGUGCUGCAGAACCUCCAGAGCUGCAAUAUGUCCUGAUAGUGCCUUCAGUCGUCCAAAGCAGUGUUUCAAACGAGGCCUGUGUCCACCUUCUCCACCUUAAUGAGGGAAUCUUUCUGAAUGUAACUCUGGAGUACAACACAGAAAGUUAUCCGCUUUGGAAGGGAAGUGUGACACCAAGCCACUUUUCACAAUGCUUCAGUUUCACGGUUCCUCCAGCUGCUUCUAAUGCAUUAGCAUUCAUCAUUCUCUCUGCGAAGGGCUCCUCUGUCGAUAUCUAUGAAAGAAGAUCGGUGGCUAUCCGGAACAUAAGCACCGCUCUCUUUAUACAGACAGAUAAGCCCAUCUACAAACCUGGGCAGACAAUGAUGUUUCGAGUUGUUACUUUGGACUCAAAUUUCAAGCCAGUGAAUAAAGUGUAUCCAUUGAUCUAUGUCCAGGACCCUCAAGGCAACAGAAUUGCUCAGUGGCUAAACCAAGCCCCUUCGCAUGGCAUCCUCCAACUCGAGCUCCAGAUCUUCCAAGACACACAUUUGGGAUCCUACCAGAUUACAGUUCAUGAUGACGAUAAGCCAAAUUACAGCACCAGUCAGUGGUUUAGUGUGGAAGAAUAUGUGCCCCCUAAAUUUGAGGUGACUAUGGAAGCACCACAGAGAGUCUCACCUUUUGAUGAAGAAUUUGAAGUAAAUAUCUGUGCUCGGUAUACUUAUGGUAAACCUGUCCGAGGGAAAGUCCAACUCCGAGUGUGCAGAAAUCGGUAUUAUCAUCCAAGAUGUGACCGAGAUUCCAAUGGGAUUUGUGAGGUUAUUCAUACAGAGUUGGGCAAAGAGGGCUGUGUUUCCAAAACAAUCCGUACGAAAGCAUUCCACCUUUAUACAAAUCUGGAUAGGAAUCGCUUUUUCUUCGUGUCACUUCAUGCAGAAGCCAUUGUCACAGAGAAUGGAACAGGGAUCCAGAUGUCACACACCCGCUACAUCUCUGUCUACGAAACCAGGAAAACCAUAGGAUUUGACAAAAUGGAUUCAUAUUAUAAAAGGGGGAUUCCUCUCACUGGACAGGUCAUACUAAGAGAUGAAGAUGACAAACCACUUGAAGGUGGACUUAUCUUUUUAGAGUUUGAUGGAGACAUUGUGAAUAACUACACCACCGACAAGAACGGCAUUGCUCAGUUUUCCAUCCAAACAUCCAAAAUGUUUCAACCUCGCUAUAAAUUGAGAGCUUUCUAUCAACCGGAUCAGUGCACUGACUAUGGCUGGCUGGAAACCUACCAGCCAGAAGCCAUUCAUUAUGUCCAACGCUUCUUCUCCCGGAGUGAGAGCUUUGUGAAAAUAGAACCAGUAUGGGAGGAGCUGCCCUGUGGCAAGAAGAGAACAAUCACUGUCCACUAUAUCCUAAGCAAAAACCUACACAGGGAUAUACAGACCGACGACGUGUACUUCUAUCAUGCUCUGGUGGCCAAAGGUAAAAUUGUUCAAGGCGGCACGCAACUCGUCAGGACUAGAUAUGGAAAAUAUAGCAACUUCUCUAUCACACUCAACAUUGAUCAGAAGCUGGCCCCAAGAGCCAGGUUGUUAGUUUAUUCCUUGCAACCACAUUGUGAUCUGAUUGCUGACAGUAUCUUUUUGCAAAUUGAAAAAUGCUUUAGAAACAAGGUCGGCUUGACGUUUUCUGACAAGCAGGUCCUACCAGCCUCCGAUGUCAGCCUUUUACUUACAGCAUCCAACAAUUCCUUCUGUGCCCUGAGGGGUGUGGAUCAGAGUGUUCUGCUUCUGAGGCCUGGAGCAGAACUUUCUCCUGAAUAUGUGUACAACCAGAUGCCUUAUUUAGAUCUCUGGGGUUAUAACUAUAUGGGGACAAACCUAGAAGAUGACCCUAAAGAGCCAUGCAUUGAGAUACGAGAUACUUUUUUCAAUGGCCUGUACCAUGUGCCUGUGAAUGUUACCGAUGAUGGCAAUGUUUUUGAUAUUUUGGAGAGCAUGGGCCUUAAGGCUUUUACAAAGUGUACACUGAGGAAGCCUGUUGUGUGCAGAAGUGACUACGAAUGCAAGAAAAUCUCCUCAGACGAUGCGCCUCCUCCUCCUCCUCCUCCUUAUCUUGGUAGGUAUCAAGAGAAAACUGGUGCAUUUGGUGCUUCUGGAGACCGCCUGAUUGAGACAGUGAGAACCUCUUUUCCAGAAACCUGGCUUUGGAAUACAGUUCACGUCAGUUCUAGUGGGAAGGCCAGUCUUUCAUACAUUGUACCAGACACCAUCACCGAAUGGAAAGUCAAUGCUUUCUGUGUGCAAGACAGCGAUGGGUUUGGCAUGUCAGAAACAGCUUCGUUGAUCACUUUCCAGCCAUUCUUUGUUGAGCCAAAGCUCCCUUAUUCUACGAUUCGAGGGGAAGAGUUCAUUUAUAUCGCCAAUAUCUUCAAUUACCAGCCCAACUGCAUUGAGAUAAAUGCUUUCCUGGAAGAGUCUUCAGACUUCAGAGCAGAAAAGCUGUCACCAGAUAACAAUGUCUCCAUGAUAUGUGCAAAUGAAACAAUAUCCUAUACAUGGAGAAUUCAUCCUCAAAGGCUGGGUACAGUGAAUUUCACUGUAACUGCUGAAGCCAAAGCAGAUGAAGGGUCUGUUGGAAGAAGGGACACCGUAGUUCUGCCACUUCUGGUUGAGCCUGAAGGUGUCAAAAAGGAGGAGACCUACAGUUCUUUAAUUUGUGCGAAAGGCACCCCAGUCUCUGAACUGCUGACCCUGACCUUGCCUGCAAAUCUGGUAGAAGGAUCAGCCAGAGCUUCAUUUUCUGUCCUUGGUGACAUUAUGGGUACAGCCAUGAAGAACAACGAAAAUCUUCUACAGAUGCCAUACGGGUGUGCGGAGCAGAAUAUUGCUAUGUUCUUAUCCAAUCUCAUCAUCUUGAACUAUCUGGAAAAUACAAAGCAGUUAACAGAAGAGAAGAAGUCCAGGAUUGUUGGGCACUUGACUGGUGGUUACCAGAGGCAACUGUCUUACAGACUUUAUGAUGGAUCCUUCAGUACCUUCGGCAGCAGGGAUGCACAAGGAAACCUUUGGCUCACUGCUGUGGUUUACAAAGCAUUUGCACGGAGCAAGCCCCAUGUAUAUAUAGAUGACAACGUCCUCAACCAAGCACUUGUCUGGAUUGCAAGUAAACAGGAGGCAGACGGCUGCUUUCAGCCAGAUCGGACAAUCUACAACAAUGCCUUAAAGGAUGGAACAGAUUACAGACUUCUAACCACAACUUUUGUCACCGCAUCUCUACUGGAGAGUGGAGUUCUCCAAUCGAAUCCUGUCGUGCGGAGGGGUCUCUCCUGCCUGGCAGCGGCUUCUGAUGGGGGUCUUAGAAGCACCUAUGAAAAUGCUCUUUUGGCCUAUACCUACGGCUUAGCUGGUGAUGCGGAAAAACAGCAACCUAUCUUGGAUGCCUUGUUACAAACUGCUACUAGAAUGGGCGGUUUUAUAUACUGGGAAAGGGAAAAGAGGCCUCAAGGGGAAAAGCCCUCCUCCUUCUAUCUGCGUGCUCCAUCUGUUGAGAUUGCGAUGACCAGUUAUAUCCUGAUGGCUUGGCUGAAACAAUCAAAUUUCUCUCAGGAGGACCUGGUGCUUGCUUCACAGUGUGCACGGUGGAUUGUCAGACAGCAAAAUCCUAAUGGAGGUUUUUCCUCUAGUCAGGACACUCCUGUGGCUCUCCAAGCUUUAUCUCAGUUUGGCAGCCUGACGUUUACCAAAGAUGCUCAAAAUACAGUAACUAUCACUGGUGCCGGGGGAUCUUUUAAGAAGACCUUCCAGGCGGAUAGCAGCAACAGCAUCCUCCUACAACAGAUUGCACUGCCCAGUGCUCAAAGCAACUACAGUGUGGAAGUGCAUGGCUCUGGAUGUGUCUACACACAGACAACCCUGAAAUACAACAUCAUCCUGCCUGCACAGGCCUCUGGGUUUGCUCUGUCUGUGCAGACAAGAAACGCUUCCUGUACCGGGGAAUUCCCACCCAGGUUUGAUGUUGUCAUAACAACCAGUUACACGGGAGAGCGCAACACUUCCAACAUGGCCAUCAUUGAUUUGAAGCUGCUGUCUGGUUUUGCUCCUGACCAAUCGUCCUUACAGAAGCUCCAUGACAAGGUGAUGCGCACAGAAUCCAAGAAUGACCACUUAUUCUUCUAUCUGAACCAUGUCUCAAAGAACGACACGACUUUUUCACUAACUUUAGAACAAACCCAUCCUGUAUCCAACAGCAAGCCAGCUCAAGUUAAGAUCUACGAUUAUUAUGAAACAGAUGAGUCUGCACAAACUGAAUAUAACACACCAUGCCAAGAAGCUUCUGAUUGAAUGCAACAAGGAGAAAGCAGGAAGAUCAGCUGUUCCUCUGAAUGAUUAAGGCUGAUGUGGAUUGGAAAAUCAUUGUCUCAACAAAUAUCCUGAAACAAAUGUCAAGGAAGUCGGUUAAACAUUUGGUUGAAAUCUAGUUGUACAUUUUUCCAAGUUUCCGAUCAAAAUGUUGAAUGUCAUGUUUACAGAAUAAAACAUCAGGUGAUUGCUGCAGC